AUGGUCCAGCUCUCCUCCGUCCUCGUCUCGUGCCUCCUCGCCUCUGCCGCGUCCGCCCGGCCCUUCCAAAAGCGCAUCUCGCAGACCAUCUCAGACUCCACCGCCGCGUGGGUCCAAGCCUGCACUGCAGCCGGCGGCGCAGCGCAGUGCGGCACGAUCUCCCAGACCGCGUUCACCUCGCUCCUUGCCGCGGGCAAGAACUGCGACCAGCAGGAUGCGGCCGACAGCAUGAUCGACCUCGCCAAGCAGCUCAACAACAACGCCGAGAUGAUCCGCCUCGCACAGAUCUUCGUGCAGCAGCCCCGCAACGCCCCCGACAGCCUCCAAGUCCCCUACUGCCAAACCGCCCCGCGCAACGUCGAGCUCGAUGGGCUCUUCCAUUGCCAAUUCGCAUCCUCCGACUUUACCAAGUUCAGCGGUGACCAGACCGGCAACGUCCCGCUCGGCCUCGCCGCCGCUGUCUCCCCGCCCGGCUCGUGCCCCGCAAAGCCAGACGGCCCCGUCCCCGACGGCGUGCAGCUCAACACGCUCGUGCAGAGCCCCGGCACGCCCGCUACAGCCGCCGCCGCAUCCACCGAUGCUGCUGAUCCUACCACAGCAGACGCCCCCGCCGACAACGCCGCUGCCGGCGGCGCAGCAGCCGCAGCCACCCCCGCCUCCACCCCCGCCACCACCAGCGCGUCCUCCAGCUCCUUCACGCUCCAAAACGGGCUCGACGCCCAGGCGCUGAAUGCACAGUUCGCAACUCUGACGGCCGCCUCGCCGUGCCAGGACGGCGCGCAGGCGUGCGUUGGGGGCGCAUUCGCGCAGUGCGUUGGCGGGAAGUUCGUGACGACGUCGUGCGCGGGCGGCGCACAGUGCUUCGCGCUGCCGCUCGUGAACAAGGCUGGCACGUCCAUUACGUGCUCGACCGAGGCGGACGCGGCGCAGCGCAUCGCCGCCACUGGCGCUACAGGCGGCGUGACUGGGGCCUGA